AUGACUUUAACUUUGCAAUCGACACGUAAAUUGAACGAUGGAAAUGAGAUUCCCGCGCUUGGAUUCGGUGUAUACCAAAGUGAACCGGGAGACGAAACAGAGCAAGCGGUGCUUCUGGCUCUUGAGGCUGGCUACCGCCACAUUGAUACGGCAUCUUGCUAUUACAACGAAGAAAGCGUUGGUGCUGCGCUCAAGAAGUGUAACAUUCCUCGUAGCCAGAUUUGGAUAACCACGAAGCUUUGGGAUACUGAUCAUGGUUAUGAUAAGGCCAAAGAAGCUUGCUACGAAAGUCUUCGUAAAUUAGGCCUCGACUAUGUCGACUUGUAUUUGAUCCACAGCCCCUGCACAGGAAAACAGCUUCGCAGCGAGAGCUGGAAGGCUCUUGAAGACCUUCAAAAGGAAGGCAAAGUCAGAUCUAUUGGUGUCAGCAACUAUGGUGUCCAUCACAUGAAGGAGGUCUUUGAAGUCGGUUCUAUCAAACCUGCAAUUAAUCAAAUUGAGGUGACUCCGUACCAAGUUAGGGAAGAGCUUUGUCGUUUCUGCCAAGAAAACGGCGUACUCAUAGAAGCAUUUUCACCUUUGACAAUGGGCCUCAAACUGAAGGAGCCUAGGUUGAACAAAAUCGCUCAGAAAUAUGGAAAACAGCCUGCCCAGAUUUUGAUUAGAUGGUCGUUGCAACGUGGACUCAUCCCGCUACCAAAAAGUGUUAACAAGCAGCGAAUUACAGAUAAUUCCAACGUUUUUGACUUUGAGAUUUCCGCUGAAGAUAUGGAGGCUUUAACUAAAAUGGAUGAGUACCUUGUAACGGAAUGGGAUCCUACCAAGUUGCCUUAA